AUGGGGAAGACGACGGAGGGAGCGGCGAGAGGACCGGGUAAGCCCACUGAACCUGGACGUGGUGCCUGGUCACGGCCGGGGCCGUGGGUCACUCAGUGGCCCACGGCUGCGGAAGUCGAGCGGCUGAGCAGUCGCUUUCCGGACGUCCUCCGGCUUUCGGAGGAGCCGAUCGCGGCGGCCCGGCUAAAGUGGGAAGGGCGGGCGUUGGUAGCCCGCAGUUUUGGCCGCCGCAUCCCGGCGGAGUGGGUGGCCAAAGAUGUGGCCGCCCGGGCAAAAUUGAAGGACGUGGUGGCCGUCCCACUCGCGGACGACUACCUCGCCCUCCGGUUCCGGUCGACGGAGGACCGGGACCGUGUCCUGAGUGAGGGCCCGUGGGUGGUGGCGGGGCAGCUCCUCGCCAUGAGCCCAUGGGUCCCGGACUUUGAGCUCGAGGAUGCGGCGGUGAAGACGACGCUGGUGUGGCUCCGCCUGCCCCGUCUUCCGCCGGAGUAUUGGUCGAUCUCGACCGUCCUCCAUAUCGCUGCUCGGGCGGGACGGCCGAUCGCGGUGGACGGCGUCACCGAGCAGCAGGGGGCGAUGGGUUUUGCCAGGGUGAAAGUGGCGGUUGAUACCUCGGCGCCCUUGCUACCGGGGGUUUUGAUCCAAGGUAUGACGAAAGUGCGUUGGCAACCUUUCGUUUUCGAAAAUCUGCCGGCGAUCUGCCCCCGUUGUGGGCGAAUGGGUCACGGCGCCGCCGCCUGCCGUUACCCGGCGCCUGGCCGAGCUGCGGGCCCCCCCCUCGGGGGCGGCGGACCCGGUGGGCGAAACGGGGCAUGA